UUGUUUAAUCGACCCACUUUCUUGGUGAAAUUGUAAAAAACCCUCAAAUUUUAACCGAGUUUCUCGACCAAUAUAAACAAGUUGGUCGGUUAAAAUAACCUUCUAAAAUGGUAAUUUUAAACAAUUUAAUUUAACUGAGGUGACUUCGUUGAUUAUAGGAAUGAGAACAACGUAGUUUUUAACCAAAACUACGUUAUUUUUAACACAUUUUUUUUACCCACCGAAAAAAGCUCUCGGUUGGUGCUUUAUUUUUCAGCGUGUGUAUUAAUUUAUCGAACUUUGAAUUCGAAAAUAUGGAACUCGAUUUCCUAAAAAAAAUGCGCAAAACUUAAAAUUUGGCAAAAUAAAGAAAGCACUAUUUUUAAAAUUUUUAAAGAUUUUGUUGAACCUUUUUGUAAUGAAAAAAUAGCCCAGAAGUUAAGAGAAAUUAUGCUUACCAGUUUUUGAUCUUUCUUUGAUAAAAAUUUGUAGCAGGUUCGUACCAAUUAGGGACUCAAAUUUUAUUCGAGUUUCGAAUCUUUGUUUAGUCAAUAAUUUGUUAAAGAAAAUCAUUCCAAUUCAGGGAAUUUUAUUGACUUGGUGUUAUAUCUAUUGUUCUUUUAAUACAUCAACUCACAAAAGUAUGUUCAUCAAAUCAUUACACCAAGCUAGAUUCAAGAACACUACCUGUUAUAUUUCUAUGCUUAUGUGUUUGUCUCUUGUUCGUUGUUAAUGAAUUCUCUUGUAUAUUAGCAGAGUUUUUUUUUUUCUAAUACACAUCUUUAGAGACUCAAUUUUCAUAUUAUUCCCGAACAAGUACAAAUUAAAUUUCUUAGUAGGUACCUACUCGUUUUAUGGAUCACGUUCGAUUUACGUAAAACAUCUUCGGCACACGACAUAAAUCGAUUUGUGAAAUUACGGCAUAAGAUUUAAAAUCUGAGUAAAAUAAUUAUCAAUAAUAACCUUUAUAAUUGUACGGAGCUCUUAGAAGUUUAUGAGUACAUAACCCAUUUCAUUUAAAAUCAAAUUGCAAUCAUUUAAGCUGAUACAAAAAUAACUGUUUCAAAUGGAAAUACCCAUUUAAGAAUGUGUAUAUCACAUUGUAUAUUAAAUUUAACCAAUAAACAAAAUAUAAGUACAAUGAAAUGAGUUAUAUUUCCGAUCAUAGAAAAGAACUUUUAAAAAUAAUUUCCCUAUUACAGUAGUCCCUCGAUAAUGUGAAUUACAAAUUUCUCUAAAAUGUGAAUCGCCAAAAAUUUUCAUUGUCAUCUCUAUGAUGGUGAACUUCGAAAAUUUUUAGACUCUAUAAUUUGAAUUUCCUUUGCAAAAGCUUGCAUGAUUUUCUCGUUCGUGCACGCAAUCUCGACUCAAAAUAUCAAUAUCCUUGUUUAAUUUCACAUCUAUGAAAAGGGUGUUUCAUCCCUACAUAUCUGAGUUAUAUUAUAUUUUUUCAGAUAUCCUUGAGUAUAAAAAAAUUAGAAAAUGUGGGGAAUGUACAAUGAAAAUCUAAAAGAUGGCAGUGAUAUAAAAUUCGAGACGAAAUAUAAUAUAUUUGGAUUCAGUAAUUAUGUUUCAGGACACCAAUAUUAUGACUCAGAAACCAAGAAAGAGGUUGGAUUUUUGCAAAAUAAUAGGUACAUUCAUGACGAAAAAUUUUUUUUGUUUGAGAAAAAUGCAGUUAAACUUUCAAAAAAGUUUUUAACUGAGUGUCUAACCAAUUGAUUCGUACUGUAUAUUUGGAUAUAAACUUUUUGAUUUUAGUUUUUGAAGUUCUUUCUUUUUGUUGUUGUUGUUGUUGCUACUCUUUCGUGGUUUUGAAACGCGCGCGGCUCCCAUUCCACUUCCACUCGAUCUAGAUCUAUUUUGUUUAUUUGAAUCCAUUUCUUUGGUUUGUUCUUCCGGCGCAGUUUCUUUUUUUUUUUCAUUUUUGUAUUUUUGUUCCCUUAUUUGUCUUAACUGCUUAAUGUGGGGAAUGGGGGUACCCGGUGUACCUAUACAAAGUUGAAUUGAUUUUUCCUCUUCUAUGCUCCUCUAUCCACCUGAAAAUAGUGUUCAAUUUCUUAUGUCUUCUAUUAUAAAGGAUACGAAAAAAAAAAUUACGUAUAAAAAGUGUAAAAGAGAAAUAAAUAAAAAUUCUGCCUGUUAUGUCAGUAAAAAUAGAGAGAAGUACAUAAUAAAUUAAAAAGGAAAAAAAAAAAAAACUUAAAAAAUCUAUCUACUACUUUACAAAUGUACCUCUUCUACACUUCCUCCCUCAUCAUAUAAUAUUCUCAGUGUUGCUUCAAAGAAAAUAAAGAUUGUUGCAUUCCUAUAACCCCCGUAUUUGGUGUUUAUGUUUUUUUUUUUCUUUGCUAUCCGUGUCGUCCGUAGUCCAUGUCAUUUGUGCUUUUACAAAAAAGUGUCACAUAAAAUAUAAAUUGUGUUCGUUUGAAUGUGAAUUAUAAAAAAGAAAAGAAAAAAGAAAUUACAACAAGUUUUUAUUCAAUCUAUUUAGUAAUUAAGUUAUAAGCAAUUGUGUAAAGAGUGCUAACAACCAAAUGCUUAGAAGGAGGAUAGUUAUCAAAACUUUAUGGCGAUGUUUUUGUUUUCCUAUAAUGAAUUAGUGUUUUUGCUAAUUGCUUAUAGUUUAGUAAUAAUACAACAUGGAUUAAUUACAAAUAAUAUAACAGUUGGAGCUUCACUUGGUAACAUCGUUAUAGCAGGAAAUUUCCUUCAGAUAAAAAGGCCACCAGUAACGAGACUGCUAAUAUCCCAGCCACAUGUGGCACAUUAUCUGCCGUGUUCAGCCUCGAUAAACUAUAAUCCAUAUGAAAAUAUCGUUCCUGCGAAGGGAUUUAUCUACAUUUGGUAUCGCAAUGGAAUCGAACUCAAAACAUUCGCCCCACGGCGCAAUGAUUUUGAAAUUCUAAAUAAUGGAACACUUAGAUUGCCAACAAAUCAAAAAGCCACAGGAGUUUAUCGAUGUUUGGUUAAUGCAACAACAUGGGGCCAUCAUGCCCUUUUGUCAGAGAGUUGUUCUGUCGAAUAUCCAGUAUUAAAACGGAUUUCAUCACAGUCAAAUAUAACUGCCAUGCAAGGAAUGCCAAUUACUUUGAGUUGUCCAGUGCAAAGUAUACCAACGGCAAAUGUAUCAUGGUUAUAUGGGAAUACAUCGAUUGAAAGAAAACUCAAAGAAAACAGAUUUAUAACACUGACAAAUGGGAGUUUAGUGCUGAGAAAUGUGAGCGAAUCAGACAGAGGAAAAUACAAAUGCAUUGCUCGAAAUUCUUAUGCUGGCAAAAAACAUCGUCAAUUUAUUUUAACAAUUAACGUCGAACCACCAAAUAUUACCAAUAACACAUACAAAUCAUCUUCCAAGUACAAAUUGCUUCCACCAUUACAAGAUGAUGUUCAUUACAUUCCAUCCGGAACGAAUUUGCGUCUACGCUGUUUCGGAACAUCCAAUUCGAUAACAAUCGAAUGGUGGUUUGGAAAAUCACUUGAUUCGCAGAAUAAAAAGAUCAGCAAUAAUAGCCGGGAUUUUCACAUAAGAGAGGCGACUGUGGAAAAAGAUGACGGUUAUUAUAGAUGUGCAACACAGGGUGAUGCACAGGUAUUUCAAGUAAUUGUCACAGUACCGCCUGUAAUUGUUCAACCUUUGGAAUCCUAUGAGAGUUCUCUGGCAGCAUUUGUAAAUUUUUCUUGUUCAGCUGAAGGCAAUCCACAACCAGAGUUUUCAUGGUAUCACAAUGGAAAACCUCUCAGUAAGGACAGUUUUACGAUCAAUAUUCAACGAAAUGUCCUCACUAUUCAGUCAUUUGAUAUCGCUAAUGAAGGAAUUUAUCAGUGUUUUGCUCAAAAUAUUGCUGGGGAAACUUAUUCAGCAGCUUUAUUGCGAUUGUCACAGCGUGAAGACUUGGAAAUUAUGCCGAAACCUCUGCGAAAUGUUCGAUGUUAUGCUAUGAACUUUAAUACAAUCAAUGUCACAUUUCAUAGUGCAACUUCGCUUUACUUCAUCAGUGUGCAUUUUGUUCAAAACAAUCCCUAUCGCUGGGAGUCAAAGCCUCCACUUCAACUAAACCAUUCCCAAUAUGUGGUUAUAUCAGGUCACAUGCCAGUUUAUAAACCCUUUGUCAUCCUCAUAAGAGCCCUUCUUCCAAUAUCAUCCCAUCGAUAUAGCCACAAGGAAAGCAUCGAAGAAACAAUGCAAAGUUCCUUCCUAAGUGAACCAGCACAUUGCUGUACCCAAGGAUUACCCGUUCGAGCAUUUCAUUUAUCAUCUGACGUUUUCAUCACUUGGUCCAAUCCAGCGUUAAAAACUAAAUAUUUUGUAAUACAAUUUUCUGUCGCCCUCACACGUCCACAUCCGCAAGAAUUCUUAAAGGAUUCCAAUCUGCAAGGAAUCUCAUCAUCGGUAACCGUGAUUUUGAUUCCCAAUGACAUAGAGGACAAUCUUCAGGAAGUUAUUCCUCUUAGUGAAAGUCAAGCAAGAGAAGUUCUCAGCAGAGCUCAAGCCACUCGUAACGACUCUGAAGAUGACGAAGAUGUUUUCAGUAUAAUUGUUACAUCUAAUGUUACUGGAUUGCUUCUUAAGAAUUGUCAAAUGGCAAAAGUUCGAGUUUUAGUUAUAACUAAUGAAAACGAGGAUUUGCAACAGGACUUUCGAUUUGUCCAGUGGAAAAUUAUUGAAAACGAUACCCAAGAAACCACCUCGGUACCGUUCAAGGUACUGAAUAUUGACCCUCGAUCAAUUUCAUUUAUAUUUACUGAGAGUUUCGAAGAGAAAUGUGUACAAGUUUGUUAUUUUACAUAUGAAAUUCAAGAUUUUGGAACAAGUAGACAAACUUGUGAAGAUAUGACAAUAUCAUUUUCGAAAUUGGUACUGAGACAACUUAAACCAAAAAAACAUUAUAAAAUUCUUUUUUAUAAUUGUACAAAUCAUAUUCCUUAUGGAGAAGUUGAUGUUCAAACUCUACCAGAUCCUCCCGGAACUGUAUCGAAUCACAAAGUCUUCAACGAUGAUGGCCUUAAACUAACCUGGGAUCCACCAAAGACUGCCAAUGGAAGAAUUAAUUACUAUAGCAUUUAUUGGACGGUUAACAAUGUUACACAUGGAGCUAACGUUAGCUCAAAUGAAACUUUUUUUAAGUUCCCCAACAUCACCGAGAGAGAGGAAGUCAAAGUAACAGUUCGUGUCGUUGGAGAAAACGGGAUAGGAGCACCAAUCUACUUUGAUUUACGCAAUUGGGUUCGCAACUCGGAUGAUAGAAAAUCAAUAUUAGAUGCUUACCUUGGCGUAGCUAUUGGAGCAGCACUUUCAACUGUGUGCAUUUUAAUCUUCAGUUUGAUAUUUAUCUGUCAACGACAUCGUUUUAAGAUGCGCUCUGGACAGAUACAACUUACAUCUCAAUCUGAAUCGAAUAUUGGUGCUGCCAGCACACCAGGAGGAAACACUGAAACUACCGGUCUAGGAGGAUUUCUUGGCGAUGGUGGACUCAGCGGAGGCUUAGGCGAGAGCAGUGCACUUCAUGAAUAUCAUGAAAUGCGAACCUUGAUUCCAAAAUCUCAGCACUUUCAAUUUAUCAAAGACAUGCCUCAAUCCCCAAAACAACUUCCUAAUGGCAAUGGAAAUUGUCCAAGGCGAAAUGAAAACAGCUCAGAAUGUAUAUUCGCUGAAACUGAACUUGACGACGAGCCCAUCACAGCUCUUUCAAGUUCGACGCCUCUGUCAAAAGUACCACCGCAACGAAGCAGUAGCAGUAACGAUGACACUGCUCUCUAUUUCAUUCCAGUAGCUGCAAAAAAUCAUCGAAAAAAUAUCGAAGUUGAAUAUGCAAAUCCGAAAAAGUUCAGCGAUCGUUUUGCACUGAAUAAAAUAAGUUCCUCACCGAAUUUCUUCAAUGGUGGCAGUAGCAGUGUUAGCGGUGGCUGCAGACCUUCAGUUUUUACUGAAGACUGUAGCCGCCAACGACAUACAAACCGUCACAGCCAACGGCAGCCAGCAGCAAUGCAAAAUGGCUGCUCCCACUAUGUAAAUACAACAAACAAUAGAAAUAGUUACAGUAGUUCUAGUAAUAAUAGUAAGUCAAACCAACAACAACCUCCACCACCACAACAAAUGCAUCCUACUGAUCAGUUAAAUCAUUCCAUUGACAAUGGUGUGGCAUCGUUGUCAGAACCAAAAUUAUUUGCGACCAUCAAUAAUGGAGAAAGGAUAGCUGAUUCUAAGAAUCACGCUCUCUUUCCUGAUGACACUGAACGUCUCUUUGAACAUACACAAUUUCAUCCAACCAACACCUCAACCUUAGAUAGAAACGAUGAACAAAUGAAAAUUUUCAACACGUCUCCAGCGUCGGCCAACAACAAUAACACAUUAUCCUGGAACAAUAAACAACAACAAGCUAAUGACGAUAAAUACAAUCGACAUCAUCAUCAUAAUUCAUCGGUAGCUCCUCUAAUUAGAAACAACAGCACAAUUGGUUCCGAAACAUCUUCUUUAGUAGAAGAUGAUCAUCCUAGCAGUAGUUAUCCUUGUAUAUCCUCCAACAAUCAUCAUCAUCAUCAACAUCAUAAUCAUCACCACCAAGAAUCUGAUAAUUCUAUGAAUAAUCCACUACUGAAAACCAAUUGGAAUCAUCGAAGGCCAAAUGUAGAUCCGAAUGGAUAGAGGAGCAUUCAUCGAAGGACGAAGUCGAUGUUAGAGGAUCCUUGAAAUUCUCAAUUUAACGCAACCAAGAAAGAGGGAAAGAGAGAAAUAGAGAGGUAUGUAAGUUGCGAUUUUAUGGUUGUUAUACAUUCCAGCUGUUGAAAUGUUUAUUUGUUUUCGAGCCGAAUGCAUAAAAAUGGCACGAAUAGAGAAGAAAAGAAGUAAAGUUUUAUGAAUUUUUAAAUAUAAUUUGAAAGUGUUAACUUUCAGAGAACGUAAAUAUUUCUCUUUUUAAAAGAGAUAAUUUACUAAAAAGAAAAAUAAUAAUUGAGGCUUUUAUAUUUAAAGAAAAAAAUUACGAGUAGAAACUACUAUUUUGUAUUAAUCAGCUUUAUUAUGGUAUUUUUUCUAAGAAAACAACUUUAUCUCUCACAUGAAUAAGUUUUUUUUUUAAGAACAAAACUGAAGAAUAUUGGUUUUGUACUUGCUAAGAGCAAAAACAGGGGAAAAAAUAUAUUUUAAAACACAUUAAUGUUGGUUUUAUUUUAAUUUUUUUUUUCGAACUUGUAUGAUACCUGCAAAUCAAUUAAAAAACCUAUGUAAAAGUUUUACCAACCCCAAGUUUUUAAAAUUUUUUAAAUACUAUCAAAUUCAAAUAAACUUAUUCUGUAAACAAAAAUCAAUUCAAACUCGUAUCCCAAAUUUUUACGUGCACU